AUAGGAAGUUGCCUUGUACCGAUUACGUGCUCUGCUUUCUUUUCAGUAGAGAGAGAGAGAGAGAGAGAGAGAGAGAAACAAUGGCGGUACUUCCACAGAAGGCUUUUGGUUUGGCGGCGACAGAUACCUCCGGAGUUCUCUCCCCUUUCAAUUUUUCUCGCAGGGAAAACGGUGCCGAUGAUGUGACAGUCAAAAUACUCUAUUGUGGAAUUUGCCACUCCGACUUGCAUAGUGCAACGAACGAAUGGGGUUUCACAAAGUACCCCAUAGUCCCCGGACAUGAGAUGGUUGGUGAAGUGAUCAAAACAGGGGAAAAUGUCGAGAAGUUUAAGGUUGGGGAUAGAGUUGGAGUCGGAGUGCUAGUAGGUUCGUGUAAAAAAUGUGAUCUCUGCGAACAAGAUCUCGAGAACUACUGUCCUGAACUGAUAUUGACCUACAACAACACUGACCGAGAUGGCACAAUGACCUACGGUGGCUUUUCCGAUAUUAUCGUUGUUGACCAGCAUUUUGUGCUUCGUUUUCCCGAUAAUUUACCGUCAGCUGGCGGUGCGCCUUUACUGUGUGCUGGCAUCACAGUCUACAGCCCGAUGAAAUACUAUGGAAUGACUGAGCCAGGCAAGCAUUUGGGUGUAGCUGGGCUUGGUGGGCUGGGGCAUAUUGCUGUUAAGCUUGGGAAGGCUUUUGGGUUGAAAGUUACUGUUAUAAGCACUUCUCCAAAGAAAAAAGCUGAAGCCAUUGAGAAUCUUGGAGCUGAUGAUUUCCUAGUCAGUUCUGAUCCUGUUCAGUUGAAGGCUGCUACUGGCACAAUGGAUUUCAUCAUUGAUACAAUUGCUGUGAUGCAUCACUUGACCCCGUUUCUUGAUCUGCUGAAAGUCAAUGGGAAACUUAUUACCGUUGGCUUGCCAGAUAAACCCCUCGAGCUAGCUAUUUUUCCUCUAGUUCUUGGUCGUAAGCUUGUUGGUGGAAGUAACAAUGGAGGCAUGAAAGAGGUUCAAGAGAUGCUUGACUUUUGUGGAGAGCAUGGCGUAACUGCAGACGUUGAAGUGAUUCGAAUGGACUAUGUGAACACUGCUAUGGAGCGUCUCGCCAAAGCUGAUGUCAGGUACCGUUUCGUAAUCGAUGUGGCAAACUCCAUAGCCGAUCUCUGAGUGGAUGUAAUCAUCUGUUUAGCUGAUGUGUAUAUCAGUUUGAAAUAAGUCAAGUAUGUAGAAAUAAUAAAACACAAUUCCAAACAUCAUAUCUGAUAUUCGAUGUUUGAUGUUUAAUGUUUGAUGUAUAAAUAAAAAUGUCCUGCCUGGCAGACACUGUUGAUUUUUCGAA